AUGCUCUGUGUUCGAUAUGCUGCUAGGUUGAUGGAACAGAAGGAAGCAGGUUUUAAGGUUACAGAAAAAGUAAAUGUUGGCCAAACUGUUACUGGAAUGCAAACCUUCACCAACCUGUACGAAAUUUGGGCAAACGAAGUGGAGCUCUACUCCACCAAUCAUGAAUGCAUCAAAAUUUUGGUUGGAAAUAAAGUUGACAGGCAAUGUGCCAUUUUCAGGACAGUUAGUAGAGAAGAGGGUAUGGCUCUUGCACAGGAACAUAAAAGUUCUUUUCUUGAAUGCAGCGCUCAAACUAGAGAAAAUGUGCAUCAAUGUUUUAAAGAUCUCAUUUUAAAGAUUCUUGAGGUACCUGCUUUAUUGGAGAAAGGAUCUGAAGCGGUCAAGAAACAGAUUUUGCAACAGAAACAAGUAUGCGAAGCACCCCUAAGCAAUGGUUGCUGGUUUCAAUGA